UGAUGGGUACUGAUAGAUGGCACUGACUGGCAUCACUGCUGGGCACUGACUGGCGGCACUGACUGGCACAACCCCUGGGCACUGACUGAUGGCACUGACUGGCAGCACUGCUGGGCUGCACUGGUGGGUGGCACUGGUGGGCAGCACUGGUGGGUGGGCACAGGUGGGUGGCACUGGUGGGCACAGGUGGGUGGGCACAGGUGGGUGGCACUGCUGGGCACAGGUAGAGUGGCACAGGUGGGUGCACUGCUGGGCACAGGUGGGUGCACUGCUGGGCACAGGUGGGUGAUCUGCUGGGCACAGGUGGGCG